AUGGCUAAAAUACCUCUUAGAAAUCUGCUAUCUCUAAUCCAAAAACGCUUCCUUCAAACCAACCCAACCCCCUCUUCUGCUUCAAAACCGCCACCUUUAAAAUCCGCCCUUUCAACCUCCCCAAGCAGCUCUCCAAAAUCCGCGUCCGUCCUUAGCUGUUUGAAAUCUUAUGGAUUCGAGACUACCCAAAUUGCCACAUUGGUUCAAAAACGCCCUGAAAUCCUCAAUUGCAAAGUUGACACAAAGCUCAAACCCAAGCUUGAAUAUCUCACCCAAAAGGGUUUUGUAGGUAAUCCUUUGUCUGAACUGAUUGUAUCGAAUCCUUUGAUUCUUUCUCGAAGCUUGGAAUCUCAUAUUAAGCCAUUGAUUGAGUUUUUAUCCCCUUUUUUGAAUGUUGAGGAACUGUCGGUUGCUAUUAAACGAUCAUUUUCGUGGUUAUUGACUUUAAAACCCAGUACCGUUUUGCAACCAAAUGUUGAUUUGCUGAUUAGUGAAGGGAUUUCUUCUAGUGGGAUAUCGAAAUUGUUGGUAUCACAGCCUAGAGUUCUCUUGCAAAGCCAUGACAGAAUGGUUUACGCGGUUAAAACUCUUAAAGAAAUAGGUUUUGAACCAAAACAGCUUAGGUUUAUACAGGCUCUUAGGGUGAUUUGUUCGAUGAGCAAGUCGAAUUGGAUGAAAAAAGUGGAGGUUUUUAUGAGUUUGGGAUGGGGUAAGGAGGAAGUGUUUAACACUUUUAGGAAAGAUCCUAUAUGUUUAACUUAUUCCGAGAAGAAACUUAGCUGUUUAAUGGAUUUUUAUGUGAAUACUAUGAAGCUGGAUGCGAAGACUAUCAUUGCAUGCCCAACCUUGCUUCACUAUUCAAUCGAUAAAAGGAUUAUUGCAAGGUAUAAAGUUUUGAAGUUUUUGAGGUCGAUGAAGCUGAUCAAAGAGGACAAGAAGAUUGUUUGGGCAAUACCACUUUCUGAAAAGAAAUUUUUGCAGGAAUACAUUACUAAGCAUAGGGACAAAGUUCCAGGUUUGUUGGAUAUGUACCAGCAUGCGGCUAAGCAAAGAAAAACAACCAAAGGUAAGAAUGAGAAAUUUGAUCCCAAAUCAGCAAGUUUGACCCCUGUAGUGUAG